UGGAAAUUGCGCGAAAAAACAACCACUCAUUUAUGCAUAGCGACUGGUCCACAGCGCCAUCAACGGCGAACCUCGUGUAGGGAUUCCACAGCACAUCAGCCAUAUUGGAUUCCAGGUAGCAUUUACUCCAACGCGGUUUGCGUUUAAAUCCAAGCCAUCCUUCGAUUAUAGAAGGAUUCAGACAGAAUGGAUUGCUCCUACGGGAUAGGAGUGGCGAACAGAUAUGCCUUAUUUCUAGAUUCGGAAGUAGAUCCUGACGCAUUGAACGAUGUCGAGGAUCAAAAGAAGGACCAGGAGAAGCCCUCAAAGAAGCAGGACAAGAGGGCCAAAGGAGAAGCCAAAUCGAAACAGAACCAGCAGCAAGUAAACAGUAAAAAGGAACCCUUGCAGCCGUCAAAUACUAGAAAAGAAGAUUCUACGAGAGAGACCCUGAAUAAGCCACCUCGCCGGCAACAACAACAACAGCAGCAACAACAACCCCAACAACAGGAUGGGGAUAACUCACGACGACAAGGAAACCGCUCAACAUUCAAUAGCUUUGACAUUGAAAACAAGAGGCCCGAUAACCGACGUAAUCGAAGACCAUUCACUCCACGUGACGACACCGAAGGAACACCGACACAAACAACUCCCCAACAGGUUGAUUUCAGGAAUGAACGUGAUUCACGAGAAAGAUCUGAACGUGGACGAGGAUUCCGUGGAAGAGGACGUGGCAGGGGUGGAUACUUUGGAGGACGUGAUAAUCGAGGAAAACGCGAAUUUGAACGACACAGUGGAAGUGAUAAAAGUAGCUCUGUGAAAGCCCAAGACAAACGUGAUGGUGCUGGUUCCCAUAAUUGGGGCAACGUACGUGAUGAUGUCAAGGAAGCCACAAACCCCGAAUUGAACACCUCUGCAGUCAGUGACGAUGCUGAGUACGCUAACAAAACUGGUGAUGAAGCGACCGAACCAAAGGAUGGACUUAAUGAAGAAGAGAUCGCUGCCAAGGAAGCUGAAGCCAAGCAGAUGUCACUAGAUGAGUACAAAGCACAAGUAAUAAUGGAACGUGAAAAACUUGCCAACAAGUUCAAUUUUCGCAAGGCCGGCGAAGGGGAAGAUCAGGCGCAAUGGAAAAAGACCUAUGUAUUGAAGAAUAAACCCGAUAGCAAGUAUGAUAAGGCUGCUGAUGAUAAAUUUGUACGUGAAAAAAUUUCCAAACCGACUGUGGAUAUCGAGAUCAAAUUUGCUGAUACCAGUCGUGGAGGUGGUCGUGGUGCCGGCAGUGGCCCAGGAAGACGUGGUGGUGGUCGUGGUGGCGGCGGCCGUGGAAGACGUGGCGGGGGUCCAGGUAGAGGCAACAACAAUAUGAAGAACCAAUCAAGCUUCGGUGGAGGAGCUGCUCCAAGAAUGGAUGACGAGAACGACUUCCCACUGUUGGGAAAAUAAAAACUUGUCUAAUCACGCGUUGCGCAUGAUGGCAAUGUGUGCCAAAUAUGGCUCUUGACGUACGUACGAAUGGGAAUAUUUAUAUGAGGUAUCUGCUUCUUGAGGACAGUCUCAACUGCUUUAAAAAAAAAUCUAUUAAAAGCUCUCCUGGUGUAUCUUAGACUAGAUGAGUUUAAAAAAAAUUAAUUAAUUUUCUUUUUAUUGAAGAAAAAAAGCUUUUUUUUUUUACCAUAUUUUCUUUCACUUUCACUUUCAUUUUCAUAAGUAUUGUUACAGAAUAUGUUUAUUAAAAUAAGCUGCCGAUACUGUUUGGUAUUUUGACAAGAUUGAAUUCAGUUUAUUUGAAUCACUCUAGCUUGUAUAAAUACAUAUGAAAUUGAACACUUAAACGUAGAUUUUGAUCUUAGUGGGACUGUGGACUAAAAGCUCCACCUCACCGUGGUUGUAACAGUACAAUCAUUUACUGUGCUGGCACUGAUCUAUGUUUACAAUUGUGGCUUUGAGAGGUAAUUUAGGCGCAGUCCAUGGGAGCUGUUUAUGUUUUGUAUUUGUACACAUUUUACUAGCACUGGGGGACGGCAGAUACCCUAAUGUCAGGAGAAUACUCUUUUGGCACACUGUUGGCCAACCUAGGUUGUUCACUAGAUGUUUCAUGAACUAUUAUUGAUUGGUAAUGUACAUCACACCACCACCAACUUUACUUGGAUUAGGAAUAUACUGUUUGUGUUAAAAACCAAUUAUGUGAUUGAACACGUACACAAACCUACUGUUUCUAGUCAACCAAUAAAAAUAACCUUAAGCUCUUUA